CAGUGAGGGCCGGGAAUGAGGAACGGGCUGAUAAGGCUGUGAGAGAAAUGAAUCUACGAUUCCUACCGCGGCACGUCGAUGCUAGUUUCGGCGACAUAAAAGCCAGCAACCUCCCAGGAGUACUUCAGCCACCGCCGCCUUUCGAUUUUCAACCACUAGGCGGGGUUUGGCUAAUUGGCAACGCCCCACCACAGAACGCUCCCCCCCUGCCGUUCCCAGUGGUAGUGGACGUAGCUCCAAACCCUGCGGGAGGCGGUAAUGUAAUAAGACCGCCAGCCCCACUGCACCAACAUCAUCUAGGCUUCAAAUGGAAGGCACUCGAAAGGCAGCCUGCAGCCCCAAAAAGCGUUUCGUUUCUCGUCUUAGCUGUGCGUGUGGUCCCCAUAAAUCCCGCGAAUCCUUGCCACUUAUCAUCUUUCUCCGGAAUUGCCUGAAGUAUGCGCUGACUGGUGAUGAAGUUAAGAAAAUCGUUAUGCAGCGAUUGAUCAAAGUUGACGGAAAAGUCCGCACUGAUCCCCCUUUCCCCGCUGGUUUCAGGGAUGUGAUCAACAUUGAACGGACAAACGAGAACUUCCGCCUGAUCUACGAUACCAAGGGCCGAUUCGUAGUUCAUCGCAUCACGCCAAAAGAAGCCUAGUACAAACUGUGCCGCGUGAAGAAGCUGGGUGUCGGUCCCAAAGGUGUCCCGUUCUUGGUGACUGGUGAUGGCCGCACCAUCCGCUAUCCAGAUCCAUUGGUUAAGACCCACGAUACCAUCCAGUUAGAUAUCGCCAGCAGCAAGAUUGUCGACUUCAUUAAGUUCGAAGUUGGCAACUUGUGCAUGGUGAAUGGCGGUCACUACUUGGGUCGUGUCUGGCCUGUCGGCACCAUCACCAGCCGCGAACGACAUCCGGGAAGCUUCAAGCUUCGACAUUGUUCAUAUUAAGGAGUAAGGACGCAUUGGGACACGUUUGGCCGCUCGUAAGAAUAUUGAAUUUCGUGUUCGUUAUUGGAAAGGGUACGAAGCCAUAUGUCAGUCUCCCCCGCGGAAACGGUAUCAGGCUGAGCAUUGGGGAAGAGCGAGAUUGGAUAAUUGCUGCGAAGAGAGAAGCUGCUGCAUAAUUAUUGUUGUAUUGCGAUUCAUCGAUGGUUUUGUGUUUUUCGCUUUAUUGACAUGUCUCGGUAAUCCAUAUAAACUGCAGCUGUAGCUGCAAUGUAGAAAAGACAUGCGAUUUACAAUGGCUCUUCAAAACGGGCACGAGGAGAGGAAGCUGCUGGACUAUGAGGAAAAAGUGGAAGAACUGGUUACCAGCAAUGGCAGUAGCAAUGGCAGUGAGCAAAAUCAGGAACCCAUGGACGAUACGGAUCGUGUCAUGGUGCAUACUCCCUAUCACGGUCACUAUAGCCUGCCAACAGCUGGCUUUAGGGACAUGUUACUGAAACCAGAAAUCCUGAGUGGAAUCUUCGGUGCGGGCUUCGAGCAGCCAUCCCAAGUACAGGCGGAAUGUAUUCCGAAAGCGAUGUCAGGUGUGGAUAUUUUGUGUCAGGCUAAAUCUGGCAUGGGCAAGACAGUCUUGUUCGUAAUUUCCACUUUGGAAAUGAUCGACCCCCAAAAUCACACCCAACCGACCGUCCUGGUGCUGGCACCGACGCGUGAAUUGGCCUACCAAAUCGGAGCUCAGUAUCGUCGUUUCGGACGACAUUUGGGUGGAAUCCGCAUAGGCCUAUUCUGCGACGGCACUCCGUUGUUGGCUGACAUACAGAAUUUGCGCGCCGGCCCUGUCCACAUCGUUCUGGGCACCCCGGGCCGCUUGACGGCUCUGGUCCGUGAGCGCGUGCUGAAUCUGUCGCACAUCAAGCACUUUAUUGUGGAUGAAUGCGACAAGGUGCUGCGCCAGCUAGACAUGCAGUCGGAUGUGCACGAAAUUUUCCUGGCGACACCGUUCGAAAAGCAAGUUAUGAUGUUCAGUGCCACAUUCCCGACCGCGGUUUUGCAGGAUUGCCGAACGUAUUUGUCAAAGGAGGCGUUUGAAUCGCAGAUCAAAAAUCCUGCUCCUAUCCUUUCAGAAGAUGCUCAGAAGCAGGAAUCCAUGGAGGACGGUUUUUUCUAUUCUGAAGGCAGUGAAAAAGUCAUCAUUUGCAUUGGCGGAGAAGACCAGCACAUUGUUUUCCGCAGCGUGGAGAGACUUUGUCCGUCCGAUUUGGGAUGGGGCAAUUUAAUGUCCUUGCCCAUCGGUGUCUGCAAUGCAGGACUAGUUGCUCGCAGUGAAUUCAUAUAUUUAUGUGGCGGGCAGCUACCUGACGGCUCCGCUUCUGGUGACACAUUUCGCUUUGAUACGUUCAAUAACAAAUGGGAGGCUAAAAAACGGAUGAAUUCGCCGCGGUUCGCGCUCGGUAUAGCUGCAUUUGGGGAAUACAUUUACGCCAUUGGAGGCUGUGACGGUCGCUCGGUUUUGAAUACUGUGGAACGCUAUUGCAUUCCGUCGGAUAACUGGGAAUUCGUGGCUGAUUUGCCGGUUCCGCUGAGCGGUUGUUCGGUGGUCGAUCUCGAAGGCAGUUUAUACGUGUUUGGCGGCGUCUCUGAUAGAGGUUUUUCGGAUGAGGUUUUGCGGUAUGCUCAUCAGAGCGGCAGCUGGAGUUCCGCGAAGUCUGUGCAUGUAUCUCGUACUGGUGCGGUGGCUUGUGUCGGCCCAGACAAUUUCAUAUAUAUCGCCGGCGGGAUAUCCAACGAGAAGGUUGUGUUGAAUCGCUUGGAUGCUUAUAAUCCCAUUGCCAACGAAUGGAUACCAAAAAGUUCAAUGGCUGUUGGGCGAUAUUUGCCAGGGAUCGCGUUUGACAGUGAAGGGUUUUUCGUUUUUGGUGGCCAGCAGCUUCUCGAUAGUCCUGUCGAUACAGUUGAAGCGUAUAACUUUGCGAAGGAUGAAUGGGUCCUUCUAGAGACUGUGCUGCCCUGCGCUCGAAGCGGGCUCAGUUGUGUUUCCGUACCGAUCAAUAAAUCGUUUACACAUCCUUCAUUUCAAAUGGAUCCCGUUCGCGGCCGUAUCGUUUUCAACAGAACUGCUCAGGAUUAAGACCGAGAUCUGAUCUAACGCGCCUACAGGAAUUUUCCGUUAAAGAUCUCACCUUCUAUCCAAAGUUUUCUUCACACUGAUCUGCAUAAAUUGCCUUCCGAUUUGGAGAAAUGCUAUUACACUAGUAUACGCUAAAGGUGCUUUGUUUGUAGCAAGUGGGUUUCUGCUGUAUUUCUGAGUUUACCAUUAACAGUUUUGUUUUUCGAAUUCGUGUUUGCACCACGAUACUCGUAUGGAUUUAGUGUUGUAGACACACGGUAGAUAUUGAGAAAUUCAGUAAAAUGCAGCUAAACUG